GCUCUGACUGAUUUAACCCCGGAUCAUUAAACGACAGUUUGCUGGUACAGUCGGUUCCCUCCGGUAGAGCUGGGCGGCAGAAAGGGGGGGAGAGAGAGACAUCCUCCGCCGGAGCAGGAAGCUGCUGGGACCGACCCGAGGUUCAGAGGAGGUGCGGAACAGCGUCGACAGCAGCCAGACAGCGGGGGAUCCUCCAUGAUGUAGACCCAGCCGAGCGCCACAUCCACCCCACAGCACGAGCAGGUGUCGAGGCUGCGGGGCCGCGAUCACGAGCCGCCCUCGGUCCAUCCCUUUCUCCGGUGUUUCUUUAUCCUGCGUGGAGGAGAUGAAGGAGCUGCGGGGCUGCGGUAUGCGCUCCUCGGUGGGCUUUCUGUCCCGCAGAGAGCUGACCGGCCAGCCGCUGCUGAAGGAGGAGUUCCAGAGGCGCAGGCUGUCCGGCUGCUCCAGCCUCUUCAAGAAGGACAUGCUCGGACACUUCGGCUGCGUCAACGCCAUUGAGUUCUCCAACAACGGAGGCGAAUGGCUGGUGUCCGGAGGAGACGACCGCCGGGUUCUCCUGUGGCACAUGGAGCAAUCCCUUCAUGCUCGGUCCAAGCCUGUGAAGCUGAAGGGGGAGCAUCUGUCCAACAUCUUCUGCCUGGCCUUCGACAGCAGCAACCACAAGGUCUUCUCUGGUGGAAAUGAUGAGCAGGUCAUUCUCCAUGAUGUGGAGAGACGGGAAACUCUGAACGUGUUCCUGCACAUCGAUGCCGUGUACAGUUUGUCCGUCAGCCCGGUGAACGACAACGUGUUCGCCAGUUCAUCUGACGACGGACGGGUUCUUAUCUGGGACACUCGUGAGCCGCCACACGGAGAGCCGUUCUGCCUGGCCAGCUACCCGUCAGCCUUCCACAGCGUGAUGUUCAACCCCGUGGAGCCGAGGCUGCUCGCCACCGCCAACUCCAAGGAGGGAGUUGGAUUAUGGGACAUCCGCAAACCACGCAGCUCUCUUCUGCGUUAUGGAGGUAACAUGUCCCUGCAGAGCGCCAUGAGCGUUCGCUUCAACAGCACCGGCACCCAGCUGCUGGCGCUGCGCCGCCGCCUGCCGCCGGUCCUCUACGAGCUGCACUCCCGCCUGCCGAGCUACCAGUUCGACAACCAGGGCUACUUCAACUCCUGCACCAUGAAGAGCUGCUGCUUCGCCGGCGACAAAGAUCAGUACAUCCUGUCUGGAUCUGAUGACUUCAACCUCUACAUGUGGAGGAUCCCUAAGAAUCCAGAAGCAGGAGGCGCAGGUCGUGUGGUGAACGGGGCUUUCAUGAUUCUGAAAGGCCACCGCUCCAUCGUGAACCAGGUUCGCUUCAACCCUCACACCUACAUGAUCUGCUCGUCCGGUGUGGAGAAGGUCAUCAAGGUGUGGAGUCCCUACCAGCAGUGCGAGAGUCUUGGUGACCUGGAGGGGCGUGUGGAGGACAAGUCCCGCAGCCUCUAUACCCAUGAGGAGUACAUCAGCCUGGUGCUCAACAGUGGCAGCGGGCUGUCCCACGACUACGUCAGCCAGUCCAUCCAGGAGGACCCGCGCAUGAUGGCGUUCUUUGACUCUCUGGUGCGUCGAGAGAUCGAGGGCUGGAGCUCAGACUCUGACAGUGACCUGAGCGAGGAGGCCAUCAUGCAGCUUCACGCCCGUGGACGUCGCUCCACUACAAGACCCACGCCAGCCCCUCCUAUCGCUGCCCCGGCUGCUGUUCAGCCGAGUGACUCAGAUAACUCGUUGUCCUCCUCUUUGGCUGGACCCGAGGCCUCAGGAGGGGAAGAGCCCCCCCAGGCAGAGGCAGAGGAGGAGGAGGAGCCGAGGAGACGCAGCAGGAAUCAGCAGCCACAGUCAGGCUUCCUGGUGAACGAAGACUCAGACUCCAGUGGCUUUUGGCUGGACCCCAUGCCCCGGCCUCGCUCCCCAAGCCCCCGGGAAAACUCCACGCUGUCCAGCCCCGCCACCUCCCUCUCACUUCCCGUCGGAGCCUCCAGCUCCUCCACCUCCACUUCCAGCUCCAGCAGUGAUGACGAGGAGCGGCGCAGCGCGGUGAGGCGGCGCAAUGUCACGAGACGACGGCGCAUGAGUGUGGUCUCCAGAGCGGGGUAUCGACCUGAGUCUGUACAGGCUUUGUUUUCAGCCAUUGACUCCUGCAGUUACCCAUCGAUCUCCCUCGAGGACCUGUCGUCUUCCUCGUCAGAGGUACAACAAUCUCUCCAAAUCAAGCCCCAGAGUGGUGGCAACGGAGAGGAGGAAAGAUGCCUGAGCCCCUCUGACUUUGUGUGUUCAAGCCCAGUAAUGACCCCCGAAAGUCAGGACAAUGAGGAGGGGAGUGACAGGACAUUGGACGGACACAGGACUGAAGCGAGGACUCUGACAGAGUUUGUUUUGGACAGCUCCGACAGUGGAGAGGCGUGUAGCUCAGCAGCUGCAGAGCGUAACUCCAAGAGCCGACGGAGCACUGGAGUGAACGGGCAGCACCGGACUGUAGCUUCAUACCUGAGCACGACCCUGUGUGUCUCCUCAGAGUCCGAGGGAGAGACUGAUGUCACGCCUGAAGACACCCGGCCACAGAGAGGAAAAGGCCCGGCUCUGAAACGGACUCACAAGCGCUCAGAAGAGGGAGAAUCAGGCUCCUCCCCCUCAGAAAAGAAACUAAAAACAUAAUGAACUAUUUUCUUUUCAACCCAAAAAACAAUCAUUUGUUAACGGACCUGAUUUGGAAGUGGGUUUUCUAUGGGUUUUUACAACUCAGCGAUUUCAUUUAGUGUCUUGUUGUCAUGUGACACGUGUGAGCUUGUGCUGCUAAUGAGCAGGAAACCUUAAGCAACUUUUAAAAAGAAGGACGAUGUGGUUAAUUUUUGUUUCAGAACAAAAUAAUUUGAGGUCAAACCACAGAUGACGUUAAAAGAUGGGAAGUAUAAAACAAAAGUUAAAUAUUGUUGAUAACAAUGGUAUUUUAAGUGAACUGCAAUGGCUCAUCAUUUGUUUUCAUGCAGCGUUAGUGUGUUUUUCUCAGUCACGCUCCAGUGGUUGCAGAAAGCUCCUCCCAGGAUUUGGAGCUUUUCCAACCAUCACGAAAAUCUCUUAUUGAGUAAAAAGGCUUUGCAGAGUUUUAAUUUCUACGGUUUCACACUGAGCGUAAAUCUGAUUGAGCUUAUUGUCAUUUUUAAGAGGUUCUCGGCUGUGACCGCUUCAGGCUGCCUGAAGAAGUCACUGAGUCGGCGUAGAAAUCCUAAGGAGCAGCAUUUGUUGAAGCUGUGCAUUGAAAUGAUGCUUUCAUUGUCUUGCAUACCAAUUUUUCUUUUUGUCUCAUUAUCCAGCCCUUGGGCGCCAUUACAAACCAGCUCGCUUUUGUUUCCUUGCAAUUAAAGACUAAUUUGUUCUCCAGUGACAA